GAAAUAACCUCAAAAGCUGAUUGUCAAACGAGCAAAACAAACGGGGUCUCUUCCAUGAAUUUCCCCUUUUAAUUCAAUUUUACGGCGUAAAUUGAGACAUAUUUUAACCUAAACUACAAGAAUAAUGUUUCCGAGCAUGGCUAGCCGUGUUCGUGCGGCAUCUAAGCGAACUACGCCGUUGUUGAGUUUUGUUCGGACACACAAAGCAGCUUAUGAAGGGGAGGGCAAAACCACAGUACGAGUGCUGAACCAAGAACAAGAUCUGGGGCUGAUGAUCGAUGCCUAUGCCACGUAUGGGUUCCGGCUAAACAAUGGCAUUACAGUUCUCGGUCCGCUGGCUAUCUUCCCCCGCACCAUCCUAUCGUGGCAGGUGCCACACUCCGAUGCCAUCACACCCGAGUCUCUGACGCUCUUCAAAAUGCUAGAGCCAAAAAUGGAUCUUAUUGUGAUCGGCAUCGAGAGUAAGGAGCGCAGCACGAUAACGAAGGUGUUCAUGGCGGCCAAACAGGCAGGACUUACCGCGGAGAUACUACCCGUAGAGCAUGCGUGUGCUACGUUUAACUUUCUCAACGCUGAGGGACGAACGGUGGCAGCGGCGCUGAUCCCUCCUCUGAACGUGGAGCCCAAUGAGAACGACAUGCUGCAGUCGCAGCUGCACUACCAGAACUUGUACAAGCAGGACCUCUCCGGCUGACCGGUCACCAAUCUCAGUACUGAACUAUGCUCAAUGUGGGGAUAUACAAUCAAAGAUAAUUUAAAAUAGAGGUGAAUUGUCAAAGAAAACUUUGUAGCCACAGUAAAUUUACUGUCAUCUUUCCACACAUAAAGACGGGUGUUUUUUUAGGAAAAAAUGAGUUUUAGCCGAUAUAACAAAACACGUGCUCAUUAUUUUUUGCUGCUCUCAAACAUAUACUCAAACCAGCCAUUAACUAGCAACUUGCUUGAACAUCACUUUCUAUAGGAGUUAGAAGAUUUAGUUAUUUUUUAGUACUUUGGAGGACAAUUUCUUUUCUUGGAUUUUAGUAGUUUGGGCAGCUAAAAAAAAUACGUGUCUGUUAUUUUAGACUACUCUAUAACAUAUAUAAAUAUAAAUCAAAUCGGAACCGGACAGUUGGGUACCUUUCCUUGUUAGUCAAUCUGUGUAAGAAUGUCCCUAUUAUUUAUUUAUCACAGUCCUGUCAUCCUGACGCUCACAAUAUAUUGCAGCGAAGACAUGGGGCAAAAACUCUCAUGUUUGUAUACAUACAGUCAUCAUUUCAGUACCAUUUUGUACCUCGGCACAGUGACAAUUGUAUGAGGUCCCUUACCAAAGAGCAUAUAACCACUAGCGAGAUUCAUAUGAAAUAAUACUGAAAUUAACCUUUUCAACGCCAAAGACCACUAAAACGGUCAUCGUCUGUCGUGCCCGCGACGCCAAUGACCAUUAAAAAGGCUAUGGCGGACGUUGUCAAAGCGACUUUCCUACUGUCAGUUAAGCUUCAUAUUCGCUCUUCAUCAGUUAACUUUUUGGCGUCCAUGGCAUUUCUUAACACGUGUGGAAAAGCGUUCAAAAGGUUAAAUUCUUUGGCUGUCAGGAAGGAAGAGCCUCACUCCUGCUCUAGCCGAUCUCAAUCGAUGCUCUAGUUGCUAUGGCGGGGGGGGGGG